AUGUUGAGCGUGCUGUGUUUUAAGGUUUUGAGGAAAAUGCAGAGACGACAUAGCAGCAACACUGACAGCGUUCCUCCCGAAAGAAACCGGAGCCAGACAGUCAGUUCUGAAACCAGCGUGGAUGAAAGUGGAGUUUUUGAAAGUCUGAAGGCUGAAGCUUCCUCCCCACAGCAGCUGUUCUCAGGCCUGGCAGGUAUCCCCUCGGGCACCAUCACAGCCACGCCGUUCCAGUUUCCAGCAGGAGGCGGGGAAGUAUUCAUUCAGAUGCCAGCCCCAAGGGAGGAAGGGGCCAGUCGCACCGAAGGAGCCCCAUUUCACCACCGGCAGUCGUCCCAUCAUUUCCACCACGGCCAUCACCGGGGUUCAUCUCUGCUGCACAUGGCCGGAGGCGACCGCCAUGGGCAUGCUGAGGAAGGCAGUGAUGAGCAGGCUGGGACUCCAGCCCCGGCUCUCUCAGAGCUAAAAGCUGUGAUCGGUUGGCUGCAGAAGGGACUUCCCUUCAUCUUGAUCCUCCUGGCUAAAGUUUGUUUCCAGCAUAAGCUCGGGAUUGCCGUGUGCAUUGGCAUGGCCAGCACGUUCGCAUACGCCAACUCAACCCUCCGAGAGCAGGUCGCUCUGAAGGAGAAGCGAUCAGUGUUGGUUGUCUUCUGGAUCCUGGCCUUUCUCACCGGGAACACCUUGUACCUGCUGUACACGUUCAGCUCUCAGCAGCUGUACAACAGCCUUAUAUUUCUGAAACCCAACCUUGAGAGGCUGGACUUCUUCGACCUGAUGUGGAUCGUGGGGAUCGCAGACUUUGUACUGAAGUACCUCACCAUAGCAUUGAAAUGCCUGGUUGUUGCCCUGCCUAAGAUCAUCCUAGCUGUCAAGUCAAAGGGAAAGUUUUAUCUGGUUAUUGAGGAGCUGAGCCAGCUGUUCCGCUCCCUUGUCCCCAUCCAGCUGUGGUAUAAGUACAUCAUGGGCGAUGAUCCAUCCAGCAGCUACUUCCUAAGUGGGAUCCUGAUCAUCCUGUAUAGCCUCUGCAAGUCUUUUGACAUCUGUGGCCGUGUGGGAAGUGUCCGGAAGGCGCUGAAGGUCCUUUGCACCCCACAGACCUAUGGAGUCCGUGCUACCAGCCAGCAGUGCAGUGAGGCAGGUGACAUCUGUGCCAUUUGCCAGGCAGAAUUCAGGGAACCGUUGAUCCUUAUGUGCCAGCACGUGUUCUGUGAAGAGUGCCUCUGCCUCUGGUUUGACAGGGAGAAGACCUGUCCCCUCUGUCGUUCUGUCACAGUAGAAACGCUGCGUUGCUGGAAAGACGGCACCACCUCUGCUCAUUUCCAGGUGUAUUAA